CAAUACCUCCUCCUACGAAAGACCGACCGAACGAUCUACUGUUUGUCGUAACAAUAAGGCAUUGAUCGCUACGACAAAAUCGCUCGGGAGAGCCUCUCUUUGGAGUCGAGUCGUCUGUCUUCAGUGAUCUAUUUCCUGGCUUCUUGGAAGCAAGACGAGGUCCAGCCGCCCCACCCCUUCUCAAUAUCUGAUGAUUGGACUAAUAUAUGAUUAGUUGGUGAAACAGUGUUGUUGGCAGCCCAGGCGAGGAAAGCCCCCCCACCCCACCCGGUUGGUUGGGCGGUCUUUUGAUUGUUAAGUUUCGGGUGAUAUCUCGCGUGGCUCCGAUUUGGUAGGCCAUAGUUCUUGCUUUGAAUCAUUGGUGGGUGAUUGCCGCGAUCUGACAUCAAAAUUCGGUCCAAAGGCGAACCGGUCAACAUCUCCUCUCGCGGGAUGGAAACGCUUGGCACCCAUGGGUCCACGCCAUCCUCGGGUACGCCCAUAGGCUAUCCUUCGCCCACCAAUCUUUCCAAUUCGAUGCAAAGGCGACAGAGUGGCGAUGAUGAGCCCAUGAGUGACAACGAGUUCUCUCGGGAUGGUGACUCGCCCGAUGUCAUGGCUCGAGUUCCCGAAUCGGAUGUGGAUCCAGAGACAUUGGAUAAACUCAGACGACAGGAGCGAGAGGAACGGGAAGAAAUCGAAAGAGAACUCAAAGCUCAAAGUUUGAGCUUGUCGCAGUCCGACAACAAUGGGAACACUACCUCGGGGGGUCUCUCGCUCAAAGACACUGCCUCACUCGGGGGCUUGGCUGGCCUGGAGGCCUUCCGAAGGGAAUACCUUACCUCGCCCUUGUCCCACCUUCGAUCGUCGUUACCGCAUAAUUUCCCACCUCUGCUUCCUCAUUCCACGUCGGUGAUGACUAGUAUUGCCGAGAGCAGCUUCGGGAAACUCCAUUCCUCGGCCCCACCCUCUGCCUCCUCCACAGGCAGUAACACGCCCCCGGCGAUGAGUGCCGAUCGGAGCAUGCCACCCCGAUCUCCCUCGCAACACCGAUCCCCAUCCUCCGAAUUCACGUCUCAACAAAACUGGAGCUUCGAGGAGCAAUUCAAGCAGUUAUACGAGCUAUCAGACGAUUCAAAGAGAAAGGACUUUCUCGAUGACCUAUUCGCUUUUAUGCAAAAGAGGGGCACACCGAUCAAUCGAUUGCCGAUAAUGGCCAAACAAGUGUUGGACUUGUACGAAUUGUAUAAUCUAGUCAUCGCUCGCGGGGGUUUGGUCGAGGUGAUCAACAAGAAACAAUGGCAAGAGAUCAUCAAAGGACUCAAUCUGCCGUCUUCUAUCACAUCCGCCGCAUUCACACUGAGAACACAGUACACGAAAUACCUUUAUCCCUACGAAUGCCAUAUGAAGAACUUGAGCAGUCCCAACGAGCUCCAACAAGCGAUUGACGGCAAUCGUCGAGAAGGCCGCCGCUCGGGCUACGACAGCUACCCUCACAUGUUUCCCGGGCCCCGCCCCACCAUGCCACUCCCCCCUACGUCUUUGUCGCUGCCACAGAUCUCUCCACUCCCACCCGGGAUGAGGCCACAUUCGUUCAAUGGCACAGGAUUUCCCGGAAAUAUUAGUAAUGUCUUAGGCGGAAAGAGUCCACCUCCGGGUAUCAAUCACGCAAAUCCAUUGUCGGCACUAGAAAUGACCCGAUUGGCACUCUUCAAGAUGUACAACCAAGCUGGUCUGCCUCCUCCGCCCUUGCGUGACUUGCCCGGCCAUCCACCCGGCCUCACAGGGUUAGACGUGGGGCGUGCCAUGGCUGAGCAGCAAGCGCGAGCCUUCCAAGCCGUUCGUGAGGCCGAAGAAGGUCGUAGGGAAAAGGAGAGGCAUGAGCAAGAAAACCGCGCCGUGGCCGCUUUGGCAGCCGCUCGGGAAAUGGAAAAAGAGCGGGAACACCGGCAACAACAGCAUCAAGAACAACAACACCAACAACAGCAGCAGCAGCAACAACAUCAGCAACAUAACAACCAUGAACAAAAGGAGAACCAUCGCAAAGACAAGGAUCGGCGUAGUUCCGAAACUCAUUUGAGGGAUGAGGACUCGGCCUUAUCUCCACCCCCGAUGAAACGGGAACGACGUGACUCGUUAGAAGAUAACCGGAGAAACGGGAGUCCCAUGGGCGGGGCAAACAUCCGCAUUUCGAGUAGAGGAGAGUCUGGAGAGAGUUCGUUGGUGGUGACCCUGGAAAUCAACUCCGUCAUGUAUCAAGGAGUGCUUUUUGCUCAGCCAAAGAAGAACUCGAAUUCUGGCAAUUCCCACUCCAAAGAGUCCUCCAAGGAGACGCGAAUCUCCUCCUAAAUCUUGGAACGUAUCGAUUCCCCAACGAAAGAUUGCUCCCUGUCUUGAUGUCGACACAUGACGUAGGGCUGUCCUACUAAUCACGAAAGAGCAGUCAUAAUUACCACCAUUACUACUACUAUCGCAGCUCCAUCAACAGCAAGCACCAUUUAAUAAAAAGAGAAUAAUGUCAAUAAUGAUAACACUAUUAAUUAUGAUGUAAUACGAUAUUGGUUUCAUGUCCUAGAAAAGAAUCCCAUACUGAUCUCAUCCAAAUGUUUAGACAAACGUACCCGUAUGAACGAACACAUUUGAUAAACAUCCACAAUUACAUGCACACAUACACACAUCUAUGUUUCAUUGGAAUGCUUGAAGACUUGGAAAGCGAAUUUCCCAUUUCCCUCAUGUCUUGCUUUCUUUCUCUCUCAGGGUUGUAAAACUAGGCAUUAGUCAAUUUAAUUUCCCCCAUUUAUUUGCCCACAAAGAGAAGUAGAUGAGGACCUGGUGAACUCAAAUUACCCGACUUAAUCUCCGUUAAUUUCCCACCCCUUUCAAGGGGAAAGUGGUCUCAAGACACCAACAAACGGAACAAGUUCCCAUCCUCAAGCCGCUUUCUUUCUUUCUUCCUUCCCUUGCCAUUCAUUUGAGUGAGCUCCAAAGGCCGAAGGCUGGCCGUAAGCCCGUCUUCAUCUUUUUCUCCACUGGCUCUCAGUCGCUUUCUUCCCUACCUUCCUCUCAGACCUCUCAGACCCCUCAUGUUCCACAUCAUCCAAAUUGGACCCACCUUUCCCAAUUGGCCAAAGCAUAGAGAUAAAGCACAACGCAAACUCUUGGUCGUCAUUUCUUGUUUUGCCCCUUUUUUAGCUGUGAUAUUAUUAUCUAUUUUUUGGAAUUGUAUUUGUUGCCGUCUAGCGUUCCAAUUGCACUUGCCCUAUUUAGAUUCGUUCCCCUCAAUCGACGUUCAGCCCGAAAAGGACCCCCGUAUAAAUGAACGAAAUAACAAAAGCUCUGGGGUCAGUAACUCCUUUUUUGAGGCUAAUUCCAAAAAUGUAAAUUUGAAAUGAAGGAAAGCAAAACUGGAAAUGACAUGCAUACACUUGAUUGACACAUACAGUAUAGGUACACUAGACACACAUCCGACUCCGGAUGCUUUUGCUUCAAUGUCAAUCUUAACCGUUGAGCUAAUGCUCCAGUUAUAUCUCGAUGGACGCGUUCGUGGUCAUCAUUUUCCAAACAUUUGUUGGCCAAUGAGACCAAAGACCACACCAUGAAUGAAGAAAUAGUUCACGACACCUCUCAGCCGCUCAAUGAACCGCCCUUGUUACCACUGAAACCCACCAUUCGCCCGUACGCAAUAUCCCAAUUUCGUUGCGAUUGAUCUGUGUAAUAUGUACAUUUGGUUUCUGAAACCCAUCCC